AUGUCCUUUGUUUUCCUCCAUUUACGAGCCCCUCGCUGCAUUUCAUGUUGAUGCGAUUUGAGUUUUUGAGCAUCCCUCUGUUUGACGUUUCAUUGUUGACAUCGUCUUCUCACCGACAGAUUACCGCGCGCACGAUUUACGUUGUGAAUUUGUGAUGAACCGUUGUUCGUAAUUUUGGCUGAAUUUUGAAUUAGUAUUUGCUGCUCACGAUAUCCUGUUUAUCCACUUUGAAUCAGAUCAAGAAAAAGCAUUCCCACGAAUCAUGCUCGACAAAGACGACGAAGACCACCUGGAUGCCCUCUCAAUAUUCAGCGGCUCCAGUGAAACGGAUCGAAAACGACGGUAUGACUUCCACUUUUCUCUGCCAUCACCUCAACAGCUCCCGCAACCGAUGGACGUGGACACUUCUGGUGGACCGAUUAGACUAUCCCCAUCGAUUACGUCGCCCCGUCCCAGUGAGAAGAAACAGAAACUGAACAGUGGUCGGGCGAGGCUUAAGAUUCGGAAGUUGGCCAAUUGUGAGGACGAUACCAGUGGAUCUGGGAGCGAUCAGAAAAGGAGUGGAGGGAUGCUGCGACUGCGGAUGGUUGUCUGUUUCUCGACGGUCGUUUUAGUGGCCGUUUUGGUGGCGCUUGCCAGUAGGGAGGAUCUGAGAGAGGAGUUCUAUAAACGAUACAUGAAGCAAUACCAGGCACUUCUGCAUGACGUCGAUGAUUACUGCAGUCAAGAGUUUGACUUUUCGGCGACCGCUGGGGAAUUGUUCUCUGGGGUGGUUGGCCAAUCGGAAGCUGUUAAAAAAAUAAUCGAAAUAGUCAAUCGACGCCAGCAUGAGCGAUUCACAUCGAUGGCCCUGCUGGGAUCCACAGGAGUUGGCAAGAGCCUAAUGGCCAACAUAAUCGCCAAAAAGUUCCAGUGGCAGUCGAAUGUGCAUCACUUCUUUUGGGACUUUACGUCCACUGCGGAGAAGCGAUUCGAACGGUUUCAGUCGUUCCUUUAUGGGAUACGGCAUGGACGGGAUGUGGAUUUGAAGUGUGGCCGCAGUUUGAUUAUCGUCGAUCAUCUGGGACGUGGCGACGUGGACAUGAUCAACAAGAUGGAUGCUCGUUUGCGGUUUGUGGCGGAUAAGGACGACGUGCAGCUGAUGGUGCUGUACGUAUUUCAGGGAGCAUUGAUGAAGGACGGUUCCGAUGUGGUUCAACAUCUGAACAGAAAUAUUGAACAGGUUUUCCUACGCUCGUUGAACGAGGAAGAUUUGAUGAAGUGUAUCAACCUGGAAACAUCCGAUUUAGGGAUAAAGCUCGACGAACACUCCGGUCUGCGGGAAGAGCUGAUUGCCAGCAUGGAUGUCGGACGUUACGGAUGUAAAGCCGUGCGAGCGAAGCUUGCAUAUUAUUCAAAGAUGUUCGAAAACGGUUCCUAAUUGCUAUACUUGUUGUCUUGGAUUUGACUGAGACACAAAUGUGCUGUGAUUUUCUUUUUAGUUGAAAUGCCAAUUGAGUUUAACAAACCAUGGGUGAUAAUGAUAAUAAAUAUGUUAAGAAAACUA